UAUAUGAUUUUUUUCAAGCUGAUCAAUGACGUCAUGGAAGAACUCCGCGCGUUGGAUCCUGGAAAGGAACAUGACUCCCGUCAGGCCAUGCUCGGAGAUGAUUGUGACUACGAGUGUGAGACGACCUUCACCUACUACUCCAGCUGUAUCCCACAGAGCUGGGUGUGUGACGGAUAUGAGGACUGUAACACCGGGGAGGACGAGCUACACUGCGGGGAAAAUGAACCGAUCCCUGACUUUGAACCUCACCCUACGAACCUCCCUCCCAUCCUGGGCGGUCCGGACACCGUCUAUCAAGGUCCAGGUGAACCAAUGCUCCACACCUACCCCCCUCCCAUCGUAGGUGGACCAGAAACCGUCUAUCACGGACCAGAUUGCAACUUCAACUGCGCAAACGAUGCUUUCAACUACUGCAUUCCGGAGUCCUGGCAGUGUGACGGAUAUCCGGAUUGUUACGACGGCACGGACGAGCAGCAUUGCGGUAGAGACGGCCCUACAGGAUUUCCCACUCACUACCCGAUCAGCCGCCAAGCGCCUACCCAUCGGAUGCUCUAG